AUGGCUCAUCCUCUCAUCAUUUCAGAUACGAGCUCUUCUGCCUCCCGUCAACAACCCAAACGCCUUGCCAGAGGAGACUCAGCUAUCGCGGAGGCCACCAGUAAUCUUAGGCUCAGUUUCGGCUCUGAUGCUAGUUAUGACUUAAACGACCUCCCUUCUUCGGCACCUAAAUUCAAAAAACGAGAUAUAGAGAAACUGAAAGUGAACUUCAAACCAUCUUCAAGCGAGAACGCUGUUAUACCCGAUGUUGAAGUCGCCAAAAUUCCAGAGAUUUAUGUUUUUCCUAGUAUCAAUAGACAUAUACUUGGAAAUCCAGAUUUCGAUGUUGAAAAUAUUGAAGGACUCACGGAUAAGCGUGUUCGAACGUUCUUUAUGAAAUUGCAUAACGUCGUGAUGAAUGGUCUUCAAGUUAUAGGCACCAACGAAACUUUUACUGAUACACUUGUGGAUAAUCUGCUUCGUAUCGCUGAGUUGGAUGACUGGCCCUUAAUGAUCAGAAAUCAUCCGCUAUGCAAGCUAUACAUUGAAGAUGAUCCAUACGUGUCAUCAGACCCUGAAUUUGUAGUAGGGAAGCGGAAAAUGGCUGUUCUUAUGGUAGAGGACAAACACCUGAAAAAUGUCGGAUCAGGCACUGGAUUUGGGGAAACACAGAUUGCCGUAGAAAUUCUCGCUUGUGGUAGUGAGAAUAUACGUUCUCUUGGCUCGGAGGAACAUACAGAUCAGAUAUUAUGGGCCAUUCGCGUCAUCUCUUCAUAUGUUACGUUUUAUAAAGCUGUGAUUCCUGCAACGUAUUGGAUGGAACUUGAAAACGGCCUACCUAAAGAACAGAAAAUUGAAAUUGAAAGAUGGCCAGCUGAGAAUGGUUUGAUGACUGGUUUCGAUCUCGCUGAACCAGGAGGAAGGCGUUCAGUUUUGACAGCAUUAACCAAAAUUCGUGAAUCUCUUUUACAAGACGAGGAAGACGAAGGGGGAGAACAGCUGUCGUAA